AUGGGUGCGCAGAAGAAGAAGGCUAAGUUUGUGGCAAAGGGUCUGCUGCAGCAGAAGAUCAAACAGCGCAAUGCCAAGAAGAAAUUCCAGACCAUGAAGGACAAGAAGCGCAACCGCUUCGAGCGCAACAGUGACGCGCCUAGCAAAAAGAAGCCGCGCAACGCUGCAGCCGAUGGCGGCUCCGGAAAGAAAGAUGAGCCGGACAUGCUGGACGAGAUGGACGUAGACGACUUCCUGAACGCCGAUUUCCUCGACUCGGACAACGAGGAGAUCGACGACGAGGUGGUCGACGAUGCUGGCGAUGACGACAGCAAGGCCAAGGUCAAACUGGAGAAGGACGACGACGACGUGGACGACGGUAGUAGCAGUGAAGAGGAGGACGAGAGUGCUCUUGAUCCUCGCUUCAUGACAGGCUCUAUGGCUGGUGGAGAUGACGACGACGACGAGGCUGAAGAAGAGGAGGAUGCUGAACAGGAGCAGGAGUUAGAGGAGCAGAGCGCUGGCCGCACUGUCGUCACUAUGGCCAUCUUGCAGAAGGCCGAGAAGGAGUGCUUCGAGACCAAGUCGGUCUCUGGUUUGCGUCGUUUGAUGAAGAUCUUCAGUGACGCCUGUCGCUCCAGUGACGCUGCCGACUCCAGCAAGGAAGGCGAGAUCACGUUUGACGUGCAGAGCAGCGCCGUGUACAACCGUCUGAUGGUUAAUGUGUUCCGUCAGACCCACGAGACAUUAACCGCUCUGGUAGUACUCGAGUCUUCGUCCGAGGAAGACGCGAAGCUCAAAAUUGACGACAAGAAGUGGAAGAAACACUCGCUCGUGAUUCGUCGAUUCUUCAGCUGCGCCUGCUAUCUACUUGAGCAAACCACGGGUCAGGACAUCCAGACGUUCGUGCUACGUGAGCUGGUGCACUACAUCCCGUUCGUCGUGCCGUGUCCCAAGACGUCACGGCGGAUCCUCAAGGCGCUGCUCAAACUGUGGGCAAAGUCACUAAACGCCAAUGUGUGCAUGUUGGCCUUCGUCCGUAUCCGUGACAUGGCUCUGGCUGUGCCUUUCCCAUUCUUGGAACUCUGUCUGAAGGGUAUCUACGUGACGUACAUGCGCAACACCAAGUUCACGAACGAGGUGACGCUACCCCACCACAUCCUCAUGGGCAACUGUGUGGUGGAGCUCUUUGGCCUGGACCUCAGUAGCUCGUACCAACACGCGUUCGUGUACAUUCGGGAGCUGGCUAUUGCUGUGCGUAAGACCAUCACAUCUCCAGGCCCAGAUUCGUUCAAGGCUGUCCUCAACUGGCAGUUCUUCAACCAGCUACGUGUAUGGACUGCUGUCGUAUGCGCGUAUCCGGCCGAGAACCAGCUCCGUGCACUCGUGUACCCCUUGAGUCAACUCCUACUGGCCGUCGUGCGACUAUCAAGCACGUUACGCUUCGCUCCGCUGCGUUUCCACUGCGUCAAGUUGCUGCAACAACUCGCUCUUGCCACCAACUCGUUCAUCCCCACGAGCCCAUCGCUACUUGAAGUGCUACAGCUCGAGCCGUUCCGUUCGUCGUACAAGUCUAGUGCCGCCAAGAAGGCUGCCAAGGGCAGCAACCCGACCACGGAGGUGGACUUGGAGCUUAGUGUGAAACUGUCCAAGACAGCAUUGGACGCUAAGCGCGUGCACGACCAGAUCAUCGUGAAGCUCUUUGAACUGCUACAGCGCGAGUGCGAUGUGUACAGGUUUAACGUGGCCUUCCCGGAGCUGGCCGUGCCUCUACAGCUCACGCUCAACAAGUUCGUGCACGCGUGUGCCGUCCCCAAGUGGAAAGCACAGGCUCGUGGACUCAGUGACAGUAUUAAGAAGCGUGCGGACUGGAUCCGCUCCAAGCGCAGCGGUCUGGACUUGAGUCCCAAGGAUACAGCGCAGCUGGAUGACUUCCUACGUGCCGAGCGUGAAGCUGCGGUGAAGAAGAUCUUCGAGAAGGACGCGUCGGAUCUGCAGGAGAAACUGGACGCGUCGGCUGAGGCCUCUAAGGAGGAGAGCAAGCCUGUUGCAGAGAGUAAGAAGAAGAACAAGAAGAAGAAAAAACGUGCUAAGAAGAACGGCACGCCUGUGGACGAAGAGACGGUGGCGAAGGUCAAGAAGAUGUCGCUCAAGGAGUUUAAGAAGUCGGUGGCAGCAGUGGACGCCGCUGAUGAAGUCGGUGACUUUAACUUCUCGUCGGACGAGGAGUAA